ACGAGAAGGAGAGAGGCGAGGGAAGCGGUGCGACAAAAAAAAAAAAAAGGGAAAAACCCCACCAAGUGUUUGUUCAUUGAUCCAAAUCUCCCGACUCAGAUCUGCAGCGAAAAGCUCCUAUUUCUUGGUAAUUCCAUCUCGCGCCGGCCUUCCUCCCACAAUUCUCAGCAACUUCUCAUCUAAAUUUAUGCGCGAAUAACUCUGGCUCGAUAACCCCUCGUUAUCCCCUGACCCAUGGCUUCCCAUUACUCCCCCCUCCCCGUCACUUCUUCCUCCAUCGAACUCCAAUCCCCGACCCCUGAAAAAGAUUCCACCAAGGACUUCUUCCAUGGAGAGGACGGCGCUGGAUUCGGCGAAUUCGACGACCUCCCGCUCAUUCUCGACGCCGAGGGCGGCGCCGACGGCGCCGCCGCCUCUGCCGGGUCGGGUAUCCCCGGUGCCGUCUUCAAUCUGGCUACGUCGAUCAUCGGCGCUGGGAUCAUGGCCCUCCCGGCCACCAUGAAGGUCCUCGGCGUCGCCGUUGGCUUCGCGUCGAUAAUUUUGAUGGGGAUUCUGUCGGAGAUCAGCAUCGAGCUUCUCGUCCGGUUCUCGGCCCACUGCAAGGCCUCCUCCUACGGCGAAGUCGUCCAAUCCGCCCUCGGCCGCCCCUCCCGAAUCGUCUCCGAGAUCUGUAUCAUCCUUAACAAUGCGGGGAUUCUCGUCGUCUAUCUCAUAAUCAUAGGGGAUGUGAUGUCGGGCUCCUCCGAGCAUAUCGGCGUCUUCGACCAACUGCUCGGGAAUGGAUCGUGGGAUCACCGGAAGCUGGUGAUCCUUGUAGUGUUGGUAAUCUUUUUAGCUCCUCUCUGUGCUCUUGAAAAGAUCGAUUCCUUGAGCUUGACCUCGGCUGCCUCUGUUGCUCUCGCCGUCGUCUUUGUCGUCGUGUCGUGUAUCAUUGCCUUUGUUAAGCUCGCCGAACGCCGGAUCAAGACGCCGAGGAUGGGGCCGGAUUUCGGGUCGAAAGCUGCGAUCUUGGACUUGCUGGUGGUGAUUCCGAUCAUGACGAACGCCUACGUUUGCCACUUUAAUGUUCAGCCGAUCUACAAUGAGCUUAAGGGGAGGACACCUCGGAAGAUGAAUAGGGUGGGGAGGAUUAGCACGGUUUUGUGCGUCGUCGUCUAUGCUUCGACGGCCAUUUCGGGCUAUCUCUUGUUCGGAGACGAGACCGAGUCGGAUGUGCUGACAAAUUUCGACAAGGAUCUUGGGAUCAGAUUCAGUUCAGUUCUGAACUAUGUGGUGAGGAUUGGGUAUGUUCUUCAUCUGGUUCUUGUUUUCCCUGUCGUUCAUUUCUCUCUGAGGAAAACUGUGGAUGCAUUGGUCUUCUCCGGAUCGGCUACUGGAAGUAGGAAGAAGAUCCUGGCUUUGACAGCAGUGCUGUUGGCGAUUAUAUAUCUUGGUUCUACCACGGUACCCAAUAUCUGGGUUGCUUUCAAGUUUACAGGCGCAACAACCGGACUCGCACUGGGGUUUAUAUUCCCAGCUCUCAUUGCUCUAAGAUUAGAUAAGCAAGGGAAGAAUUUGGGAGUACGAGAAAAGUUCUUAUCAUGGAUGAUGUUAGUUUUGGCAGUGGUUGUUAGCAUUGUUGGAGUAAUUGGCAAUAUUUAUAGCCUCAGAAGCAGAUCAGAUUAGCCUACAUAACUCAGGUUUUCCAGUAGAUAGAUGAUGUCAAAGCAUUGUUGGAGUAAUUGGCAAUAUUUAUAGCCUCAGAAGCAGAUCAGAUUAGCCUACAUAACUCAUCAGGUUUUCCAGUAGAUAGAUGAUGGCAAAAUUUUGCUGAAUUUGUUUGGAUAUGCUGUGAUUGGUGACCCUUUUUUUCUGGUUGAUAAAUACUUGCAACAACCAUUUUGAAUCUUUGAUUAUUACUUUUCUGAAAACAGUAUGCUGAUUAUUUUGCAAGAGGUGUUUCUUCAUGCAUCCACCAUGAGAGGCAAAGCUUGGCAGCUAUCAUUGCCUUGAAUAUCAGGGAACAGAUUGAGGAGAUAUGAGGUAUUGGAUUUACGUGACACUGUCUUUCAAACCGAGGAAUUUAUACAGAUGCAAGACUUCUUUUCAUGUUCCUGAGUUCAAGAUUCGUCCUUUAAGAUUUGGAGUAGCAGUUCAGGUGGUGUUCACAUGCAGACAUGCUUCUAGAAUGGAAUUGGGGCAUGUUGAAAGGAAGAAUUGAGGCACUAGUCUAUUGGUCGAGCAUUAUAUUCCUCUGGAGUCUUGGUCAUCAGAGUAAGUCACAGGCUGCUAUAACUUUUUUUUUAUAUUAAUACUUGUUGAAUAAAAUCUUCCCAUUUCUAUCGCUUGGCAGCACCAUUCAUUCUUUACGAGCUUAUUUCUUUCUUGUUUUGUAAGCUAUGUGCUAAAACAUUGUUGCAUUGUGAGCACAUGCUCCAAAUCCGACCAUGUACUGUUAUGCAACAGCAACAUAUUAACGUAAAAGCUCCAUAUCUUCCUCA